GAAUGAUUUACAACUUUGUAUCUGUCUCAUUUCUACGCUGCGCUUAUGAGGCGCUCAAGCACACUGCGUAUUUCUGAGUGUUAGGAGUCUGCUUUUUUUCGAUGUAUUAGUUAUUAUAAUAUAUAUAUGUAUUUCACAUUGUUUUCUGCAAGUACAACUAUAAUGUUCUCUUUUAAAUGUGUUUUGUGUUGAUAUUGGAGGGUGUCUGGAACGGGCUAAUUGGAUUUCUAUUACGUAUUUCUAUACAUUUUGGUUUUCGUCUGACCUUUUGGAACCGAUUAAUGACGACAACCACUGUACUGUAGAUAUAGGCUAUUUAGAUUGCAUAACAGUACACAGAAUUGAAUAGUAUUCUAACAGAGGGGUUAUUUAGAACUUUUACACCUACUAUAUCACUAAAACUAACAGUAACUUAUGCUGCGUCUUAUCGUAAAUAAAAGGAUUUAUAAAGUCCAAAACUCCUUGUUGCCGUCACAUUAAGAUUCUAUUGUAUAAUGAUUUAAAAUACUUCUAGACUCUUACUAUUGCUUAGCAGCACAAAUAAUUGAAUAGUAUUGUAUGAAAGAGAUUACAUAGAACUAUCAAAACACAUUUAAAGAUACCCCCCAGUACUUGAAUAUAGUAGGAUGGAUGGAUGGAUGGAUGGAUGGAUGGAUACUGUAGAUAAAUAGAUACUGUAGAUAGAUAUUUAUUAAUCCCCUUGGGGAAAUUUGGGUAUCCAGUCACUCACAAUAUGCAGUACGGUCCUAAAAUACAAUAAAAGUCUCAAAGCAUAAAUCUAGCAUAAAAGUGAUAAAAACAAUCUAAAAUGUACAUAUUACAAAAUAAUAAAUAUGAGCAAAACAAUAGAAACUAUGAGAAAAGAAAUUUGCAAGACCAUUACAAAUAUAUACAUGGAAAUCCUGUCCAUUACUCAAUUGAAAAAAAUAUUUGGAAAAAAAUGCACCUGAUGGUAAAUUCAUCAGGAAGAAUGUUUUAUUUGUGCACUUUAAUUCAUGAAGUCAUUUCACUUUUGCAGUACAAGGAGACCUCUCUUAAUUGUUUUACUGAGUAUAUUUUAAAGAAAGUUACUUUUUUUUUUACUAUACCUGUACUUUAGUAAAAAUGUUAUCAAAGUAUCUGUACUUAGUUCCACCUGUGUAUAGGGUGAAAACAUAUAACGUCAUUAUAAACAAAAAAUGUUUAAUACUUGUAACACUUUUAUUUCUGGAAGUUUCCAGUCAGAAAUAGUCAGACGGUGAGAAAUAACCAUCGCUUUUGAAAUUAUAUUUUAAAAAGGAAACAGCUAUUAUUAUACACCGGCGAGGUAAGGUUUUGGACCCUUUCAAUGCGAGAGGGAAUCCCUCGACGUCACCAAGGAUACCAAACACAACAGCAGUGCACAAAUAUGGGCAUGUACGUCAGCGGAACCCCGAGGCGGGACUUAAAUGCCUCGGUUGUAGGUUUACCCAAGGAGGAUUCAUUCAUAAGACAAAAUCGGCUUGUUUGUACCGUAAUUUCAUCUCGCAUCCGCCGGGUCUCGCCGCAAAAAGGACUUUAUGGAUCUAUCUAAGUAAAGAAGGAAGGACCUAGAGCAUUUCUUGGGGACAGCGGACAAUUUUCACCCCCAUUUUGUUCGCGGGGAAGUGGAUUAAAAGUUUCUUCAUGCAACUUUUUUGGAAAGACAGCUGGAGCAGCUCACACGGAAACAGCAAAAAGACUACUAACGGUGCCACGGUCUCUUUCGGUCCCCCCGGGGAAAUGUACCAAGGGUUCCCCGGCGACCCCGACAGCGGUUCCCGUGGAAGCUCCUCUCCGUCCAUAGAGUCCCAGUACCUCUCCUCAGUGGACUCCUUCGGGAGCCCGCCGACCACCAGUGCUCCCCAGGAGUGUGUGUCAGCCGGAGCUGGCUUGAGCAUUGUGGGUAGCGGGCCGACAUCCAGCGCCGGAGGGGAGAUGCCCGGCUCAUUUGUGCCGACCGUCACUGCCAUCACCACCAGCCAGGACCUGCAGUGGAUGGUUCAGCCCACGCUCAUCUCCUCCCAGGCCUCGGGCCAGAGUGGCACCACUGGCACCUCCACCAUGACCCAGCCGGUGUUACUGGUCGACCCGUACGACAUGCCGGGUCCUAGUUAUUCCUCCGGGUCUAGAUUCACCCCAUCGAGUUCGGACACUGCUGGUCCGGCUCCGGGCCCCAUCCGCCAGUCCAGAACCCGUAGUCGUCGCACACGAGACGAGUCUGUGAGUGAAGACGGAGAUGUUGGUGUGUUACUGUCUCCAGAAGAGGAGGAGAAGCGGCGUGUCCGUCGAGAGAGGAACAAACUGGCCGCCGCGAAAUGCAGAAACCGGAGACGGGAGCUCACAGACAGACUGCAGUCGGAGACGGAUAACCUGGAGGAGGAGAAGGCCGAACUGGAGGCUGAGAUCUCUGAGCUCCAAAAGGAGAAAGAGCGCCUGGAGUUUGUCCUGGUGGCCCACCAGCCCAACUGCAAGAUCCUUUACCAGGAGCAGCCCCAGCCAAGCUCGGCGCCGCUGCCUGCCCAGACCUUACAAGCCCCUCCCUCCAUUGUGAGCUUGGCGGUGAAGGAAGACUCUUUCUAUCUUCCCGCCUCCUACACAACGGGCCACCCGGCCUCUUCACAGUCGCAACAGCAGCAGCAGCAGCAGCAAGUCCAGCAACAGCCUCAGCCAGGGAUGAUGCAGGAGGUAGAGUUUUCACGUUCUUUCUAUGGCCCGAGUGAGGCGUUGGCGCCUGGCGGGUUGUGCCUCAUGGCCGGCGACGGUGGCGGUGGUGGUAACCAUGACAAUGCGGCCAUUGCCAGCCACAGCACCUCAUACACAUCUUCAUUUGUGUUCACCUACCCAGAGGGAGCCUGCGGGGUCAGUGCCAACCAUCGGAACAGCAGUAGCGAGCAGUCAUCUGAUUCCUUGAACUCGCCUUCUCUGCUGGCGCUCUGACUGACCGACAAAACACGCUCAUAUCUUACGCUUGCUGACAGUAUGGGGUGACGCCCCCUUUGAGCAGUCUUGCGGAUUGAGUAAAAGACUUUUAAGUAAAAAAAUUUUAAGCAUUCCAAGAAAGAGCCGUGCCAACUGAGUGUGGCGGCGUAAUUGCAUAUGUCAAUCAGACAAAAAGAGAUAUGAUACACAUUAGACUCAACUCGGUCAUCAGCAAGCUGCACCGGUGCCCCCACCUUGUUCCCUCUGAGGGUCGUCCCGCCUUCUGUCAUCCACUUUUCCAUCCCUCCCUCCUCUUUUUGACGAGUGUUGUAUUAGCGCACAAAAGGAGGAGAGAAAGACCGCACUCACCACCGCUAAUCCUUCAUCCCCUUUUGCUUGGAAGGCGUCUGCUUCUCGUGUGCUGUCCCUGCUCCCGUUUUUUUACAAUUCCUCUGCCAUGCCAGCAUCUCUUUUUCUCUUCUUCUGUCUCUUGUGUUUCUCCCCCCCCCCUCUCUCUCGCUCUCUCUCUCUGAAGUCCUCGACUCCCGAGAGCCCGAAGACCCCCAAGAGCCCUUGGAACCUUGAGUGAAAACACACACACAUCACCUUAACCUCUCAGGUUAAGAUGCAGAACUCCUGGAUCAGGAUUCUGGAUUCCCAAAAAGCCCACCCCUGGCGCACUCACUGGGAGCUGCGGCUGGACGCUUGCACACACGGACGCAAGGUCGAUGCAAAAAAAAGUACGAUGGAGGUCUUUAAACGAGCCACACCAUGAUGAUAAUGCAUACUGCGUGGCUCUGAAGGCUCUGAGGUGCUGGGAUGAUGGAUGACGCCCAUUCUGUCCAUGGAUGUUUGUUGUUGUGAGCCAAAUGCAAAGCUAAAAGAAAACAUAAAAAAGAAAAAGAUCCUGCUCUCGCCAAUUUUGUGGCGGCUUGACCCUUUAAAGACGUCAUCAUAUCGCCAUCGCUUUUGCAUUGUGUUUUUCCCCCACGUGAAGAUCCAGACAGACAACCUCCAAAAAAUUGGCCGCCUGGCCUGUUUAUUUCUUUCUUGAGUGAGGUUGUAUCUGCGACUGAGCACACACAGCAAAGACCCAGAAAACAAAAAGAGGAGAGCAUCCCGGGGCCGGCGUUGCGUGAGCGUCCUCUCUUUUUGCCUGUGAAUUUGUACCAUUUGUUUUUCCUCGUACGUUCCAGUGACACUUGUUACAUAUUUUAAUGUCUUUUUUAUGUGUUUGAUUGUUCUGCUUCUACUUGUGCCUUGUUUUAUUGCUUCUAGCCUCCAACUCUUAUUGUUGCAUUGUACUAUUUGAUUUUUUUUCAUGAUUUGAUUGUGUUUCAUGUGGCAACUUUGGAGGCAUGUUGUGCACAAAAGUUUUAAAAAAAGCCUUUACAUCAUGUAUAUAUACUAUAUAAGUGUAUGUAUUAUGAUCGUUGAGUAUGAAUGUCUUGCAGAUCGAAAACAGAUAUUUUUGAAGAAGAAUCUGAUGUUACUGAGGUUUAAAAUGAAUAUUUUUCUAAGAGAAUGGAAAUAUAAAUCUAUGAAAGAUUUAAAACAAAAAUGGCCGUGUCCCUUAACACGAAGCACUAUGUCUCUUGCAAUGUGUAUUUAUGUUUUCUAAAACAGUUAACAGCACUAUCCGAGACAAUGUAAAUGUAUGUUGAUACGUAACUAUGACGUUAGGAGGUUGUGGUGACGCCUUUUUGUUUUGUCUUUUUCUCUGUGAGGUCUGACCCAGAGCUACUGAUGCUGCCGUCUUUAGUAGAGCCAAAAUGACACAACAAAUACUACAGCUGGUCAGACCAUAUUGAAGUUACAUUUGCAGAAAAGAUUCUUUAUGCACUCCUGCGCACAAUAAACUUAUUGUUCCAUAAUGAACUCAAAUCAUGUGUAUUUGAAGGACAAGCAUAUUGAUUCACUUCCAUAUUUAUGAUGAUAGUGGCUUUAUUUUGAAUAAAUACACCAUUUAAACCCAAUUUCCUAUCAGAUGUGGCUCUUGGUGCUCAGACAGUGGGUGGACCUCACUUUUAAGUUAUUAAUGACUGUAUUUAGGUGUUGAAGAUACCUUUUUUUUUCUCUCUCCAAGAUGCAAAUGUGAUGAGAAUAUGUUCUGGUGUCGGAAUAAGCAUAAAACAUAUUCACUAGUUCUCAUGUACAUAGUUAUUUCUUUCCUUGUGGUGCUACUUUACAAUAAUGAAAAAAGAGGACUUCAUGUCGUAUGGUGCCGCAGCUUACAUUAGCUCCAACCAAUAGCAGUAGUAGUGAAUUCAGUGCAGCGCAAUCUCUUGUAGUUACGUCAUAAAAACAAUAUUGAUAUUCACACGCACCAUUAAAUGUGUGAGCUACACCUCAGAGGCCCUUGCACUGAACACACAACAUGCUCGACAUCCAUUUAUCUGUUUUCUUUGGAUUUCCAUUUCUCUUUUCAUGAAUACAACAAAGUGACUUCGAAAAGGAGGCAUGUUUAUCAAUACUAACCAACCGACCAACCUGCUUGUACUGUACUGAACGGCUGUGACGGCAUCAAUUGAAGAAGAGUUGCUCCUAUUUUUCUACAUGAUGCUUUGACUGUUGCAAUGUAUUUUUAUCAUUCCAUACUCGUCACAAAUCCACACGUUAUUGUUGAUUUGAAAUGCAAUACCUAUGAUGCUCUUGGAGAAACAUAAUGUAGCAAAUCUUAAUUUGCGGUGAGGUCAAACUGCUACUAUAUGUCCAGUGUGAUGAUGUAUUGCUUCUGAUAUUCAAAGUUACUCCCACAAAUGUAUUGCAACAGUUACUUUUGUUUUGUAUCAGUGUUUCAUCUAUUUUGCUUAUCAUGACAUUGUAUUUUUUUUUCAUCAUUGUCACAUUCAGUAGAAUAAUAAUGAUAUUAAGUACAUGUUAUGUUUACAGCAGUGAAAGAGCCAAAGAUAUUUUGUUGGAUAUGAUGUUAUUUUUCUCUGCGUAUAUACACUAUAAUGUCAAAUAACUGUAUCCAUUGUUUUUCUAGUUUUAAUGUCAGGCUUGUUAUGCUCAAAGGGGCCAACAUAUAUGAAAACGUUUUUAAUAUGUAGUCUCAAAUCUUAUCCACAAUCCCACUUCUAUUUCUGUCCAUAUAAUAAUUUACAUUAUAUACUUUGCCUCCUUUUUCCCAAAAUUUCCUCGGGGGGGCAAUCAAAUAUCUACAGAAUGUAAUAUUUUAAGUCAACUGACCAAAUCCAGUUAAUUUUUGAAUUUGCAAAGCGGUAAUAAACUGUUUGCGACUGUGGGUGGUGGGCAUGAACUUGAAGUGUUAUCAAAUUACUUCGCUUUUGUCUGUUUACAACAAAUUGAAAUCCACAAUA